CGAAAUCCAAUUCUGGCCAAUCAUCUUCCACCAAAUUCCCACAAAAUCAAUUUCCUCUGCAUCCAUGUCUCUUCUCCACAACAGCCCCAUCUCUCUCCCUCCACCAUGCCUGCUGCAACUGCAACUGCUUUUCAUUCUUCUUUCUGCUUCUCUUCUCACAAACUUUCUUCCUCUCCCUCAAAUUCCCAUUCCAACUCCCACCAACCAAACACUUUAUUAGCAGCCAAACCCAAAACCCUCUUCCAUAAGCAUCCCCUCUACACCCCUCUUCACUCCACCCUCUCUUCCCAAGUCAAAGAGAAAAUCCUGUGCCUUGAAAUCAUGGGUGUCGAUGCUGGCAAGGCCCUCUCUCUCAAUCCCUCUCUCCACUCUGUAACUCUUGAAUCCAUCCACUCUGUCAUCUCCUUUCUCCAAUCUAAAGGCAUUCACCAGAAGGACUUCGCCAAAAUCUUUGGAAUGUGUCCCAAAAUCCUCACCUCAGAUGUCAAAACUGACCUCAUCCCAGUUUUCAACUUCCUCUCUGAAGACCUUAAAAUCCCAGAUCAGAGCUUCAGAAGGACCAUCAACAAGUGCCCAAGACUGCUCGCUUCAAGUGCCAAAGACCAGCUGAAGCCAGCUCUGUUUUACCUUCAGAGACUUGGGUUGAGGGAUUUGGAGGCCUUGGCUUACCAUGACUCUGUUCUGCUGGUUUCUAGUGUGGAGAGGACCUUGAUUCCCAAACUCAAGUAUUUGGAGAGUUUGGGAUUCUCGAGGAGUGAAACUGUGGGGAUGGUCUUGAGGUGUCCAGCACUGCUCACUUUCAGCAUUGAAAAUAACUUCAAGCCAAAGUUUGAGUACUUUUCUGGGGAGAUGCAUGGAAAAUUGGAGGAGCUCAAGGACUUCCCUCAGUAUUUUGCCUUCAGCUUGGAAAAGAGGAUAAAGCCAAGGUAUUUGGAGACUGUGCAGAGUGGAAAGAAAGUGCCUUUGUCACUUAUGCUCAAGACCACAGAUGAUGAGUUUAGAGAAUUGUUAAGAGAAGGCCAAGGGGGUGGUUGAAUCUCUCUUUCUCUUGGGGCUGGUUUUUUCUGCUCUUGCCCCUUCGUUUUACUCUGUAAAUUACAUGAUUUCAAAAGCUAUAUGUAACCUGUAAGUUAUUUUCUUUGAUUUUAUCUCUUGCAUCUCACUGUAGUUCUUCUCGAUCAUGUUCUGAUCUGGAUUACAUACUCAUCCUCCACAUUUUUCACUGUUGAAUAUAGAUAAAGCCAUGAAAUUCUUCAACUUGCC